AUGUCGGGCCUUGGGAUGAAGACGCCGUGGGUGAGUGGCGAAGAGCUGGAUACCUAUGUGAAGACCACUCUUCCGUUCUACUACAAUGACAAGCCGCGCUUUCUGGACGCGUUCUCGGACAAGGCACUAGCUCUCGCGUUGCCUGUGCUCAUUUACUGGAGCGCCUCGAUGUUUUACCAUGCGCUCGAUGUACACCGUCCUGCCUGGUCGGAGAAGUACCGUAUGCAUACGCCAGAUGAGCUGAAGAAGAAGAACCGUGUGAGCAAGGAACGUGUUAUUUUGAUGGUCAUUUUGCAGCAUGCGAUUCAGACCUUUUUGGGCAUCGUCAUCAUGUAUGAUACGCCCGCCAACCGUUUCCACCGUAUGGAUGUCAACCCAGAGAAGGACAUUGCAAGGAUUCUGGCGUGGGUACGUGUGCUGCACGACUACGUUGAUAUUCGUGACGUAGUCCUGGUCCGUGCUGCGAUUGCGCUGUACUGGUGGGGCAUUCCGUGGCUGCAAUUCUGGUUCGCAUGCUUUGUGAUGGAUGCAUGGGAGUACCUGCUGCAUCGCACCAUGCACGAGGUCCGCUUCUUGUACCGCAUGCUACACUCGCAUCACCACCGCUUGUAUGUGCCCUAUGCGUUUGGCGCGCUGUACAACCACCCGCUGGAAGGUAUGCUCCUCGAUACGUUCGGGGCCGAGAUUGCACGUGUGGUGAGUUUCAUGACGCUGCGUCAGACGAUUGUCUUCUUCACGAUCUCUACGUUCAAGACGGUGUGUGACCACUGUGGGUAUGCGUUCCCGUGGUACUACAACCCUAUCCAAGCCCUCUUCCCGAACAAUGCAGAGUACCACGACGUGCACCAUCAAAGCCAAGGCCUGCGCUUCAACUACUCGCAGCCCUACUUUGUGCACUUUGACACGAUCUUCGGCACACGCGUCGACCCAGCCGACUUCCGUGACAUGCUCGCGAAGAAGGGCCUCAAGUUCGAAAAGGCCGCGGCGAUCAAGGCAGAGGUCGAUGCCCAAGCUGCGCCGGACAAGACGGAGCCGGACUUGGACGAUCGCUCCUGCAUCGAAAAUGCGCGUGGGCCAGUCGCUGCACCGCGCCCCAAGCUCUUGUCGGUAUACACAACGGCUAGUAUUUGGUCCGUCUUCCUAUUUACUGGUAUUCUUGUUGUCCCGGUGCUUUCAUAUUCAAUGAUGUAG